AAUGUAGUCCCGCAGGCAGGCAGCUGGGGUAGAGUCAUGCUGCGGUUCCUCCUUCUGGUGGCCCUUUCGGCCAGUGCCCUGGGCCAUGACUACGGGUACAGCCACGGGUAUCGAAGUAUCAACUUGAGGCCCUAUUGGCACGCCAGGUACCUGGCCCCGAUCCGCCUGCGUUACCCGGGUAUCACUGACUCCACAGCCAGUUACAUCGCGUACUACAUCCUGAACAACCCGUCCCGGCUGAUCUUGCCCCGCCUCCGUCUGCCGAAUAUCAUUUACGGGAGGCCGGUGCCGGUUCGAUACUGGGUCACCUACAUCACUUCCCUGAUCGACCUGCUGCCACCUGUGUUCUACCAAAGCAACAACUACGUCACCCAUCUGAGCUCCUAUGUGAACCAGUACUACCCCGGCGUCGUCACCGGCGGCCUGUACACGAGCCACCUGGCACUGUGCGACAUCUACUUUGCCAACCACCUUCUGGCACCCAUCUCCUGGAACGCGUUCAGAGGCUUCUACGGCCAGUACGUCCUCCAUCACGGCCACGGCAAUGUGUUCCCCCCGCUGGGUGUGAUUGCGACCCGCCUGGGUGGCUACAACUACGGAGUGGGCAGGUACUUCCGCAGAAUCAGGCUCCGUUCGCUUGUGCACGGAAAGACCCACAUCCAGUUCCCGACGCUGCCCGUGUUCCGCCCGUCGUCGCUCGUGUACCAGCGGAUCACGCAGCGUGGCGUGUACCGGUACGUGAAUAGCUACUACCCGUACGGCUGGUCGCGCUACAUCAACCGGCUCAGGUCGUACAAGUUCCCCACGACGACGACCAUCUCCACCUCUUCGUCAUACUUCAGUGGGCUGCCGCACCUGUCCUUCCUGACCAGCCCGGUCAUCCAGCGUGACCUGAUCUCCGUGCUGCGUCUGCGCUUCUCCAGCUACCCGUCCGGUAUCAUCUACAGCAAGAGGCUGCGGUUCCCCACCUUCGUCCGUGGUUUCCUCCGCCAAUGGCGUCCGCGCUACCACAGCUACACGCCCAGAUUCGUGAGCAGCUGCCUCGUGGCCUUCGACAGCUAUGCGUGCCACUGGCUGCGGCGGUACCACAAGUUCUCACACUGCUCGUCCAAGAAGCUGUGGGGCAAGUACUGGUAGGGCGUCUCAGUUCGGGUCGCCAGUCGUCAGUCAUUCGUUCCAGUUUAAAACAAGGAUGAACUCGGAUUGAUUUCAGAAGCUGCUGUUUCCGCUGACGUUUUCUUCCUGAAUUGGUGUUUACUGAGUUCAAUACAAGUUCGGUCGUGUACA